AAAGCAGUCGCAUUGUUGCUCGCUGCACACGGUGUUUUGCGUUGUCUGCAGGCACAUCGAAUACCUUCUGUCUGUAGGGACGAUGGUAGUUUUUCAAUUUGUUUAACUGUAAACGCUAUAGAUCCCCCCUUUUUAUUUUCAGUCAUUGCUAGCACAAGGUUAGGUGUUUUUAUAAGCUGAGGACAAAAAUGAACUCCAACACGCACGUCAUCCAGGUGACAAACGUCUCACCGAGCACGACGUCCGAGCAGAUGCGAACUCUGUUCGGAUUCCUUGGAAACAUUGAGGAGCUCAAAUUGUUUCCACCCGAUGACUCUCCCUUGCCUGUGACUUCACGUGUCUGUUUUGUAAAAUUCCUUGAGUCUGAGUCGGUGGGAGUUUCCCAACACCUGACCAACACCGUCUUCGUGGAUAGAGCCUUGAUCGUGGUCCCUUUUGCUGAAGGAGUCAUUCCCGAUGAAUCUAAAGCAAUGUCGCUGCUGGCUCCCGCCAAUGCUGUGGCAGGAAUGAUGCCUGGUGGAGGCCUUCUCCCAACACCUAAUCCUUUGGCAUCUAUGGGAGGGACACCGUUUGGAGGCCUUGGUGCUCCCAACAUGGAGCAAAUGGCUGCUAUGGGAAUGCCGGGACCUAACAUGAACCCUCAGGCCCUGUCUGCAGACUUCCUGAAGCUCAUGCAGUCCAUGGACCCCAAAUUGAAUCCAUUAGCGGCAGGACUGAACUUGAAUCCCGGGCUGAAGACUGAUGCCUCUAACAAGGAGAUUGAAGAGGCCAUGAAGAGAGUCCGAGAGGCCCAGUCCCUCAUCUCAGCUGCCAUUGAACCUGGAAAUAAGAAGGAUGACAAGCGCAAACAUUCCCGCUCCCGUUCGCGGUCUCGACGUAGACGCUCCAGAUCUCGCUCCAGACAUAGGCGUUCAAAGAGCAGAUCUCGGCGUCGGUCUCAUUCAAGGAGUCGAAGGAGGUCCAAGAGCCCUCGAAGGAGGAGGUCGCACUCUCGGGACCGAAGCCGCCGCAGUAGAUCAAGGGACAGGAGGAAGGAAGAGAAGUCCAAGAAAAGGUCCAAGACGCCCCCGAAAAGCUACAGCAGCGCUCGGAGGUCUCGGAGCAUCAGUCGGAGGCACAGACGGAGUCGCAGUGCUUCUCGCUCCCCGAGGAGGAGGCCGUCCAGAUCCCCAUCACCCAGACGCCACAAGAAGGAGAAGAAGAAGGACAAAGAACGUGAGAAGGAGCGGGACAGAGACCGGAGAGAGGACAGGGACCGCAGUCGAGACGAACGAGAACGCUCAACCAGUAAGAAGAAGAAGAGCAAAGACAAGGAGCGCGAUCGAGACCGCAAAUCUGACAGUGAGAAAGGAGACGUGAAGGUUCUGUCACAGGUGACCCGAGGACUAUGAUGAAGAGAACAAGGUUAUGAUAGUGAAAAGGAGAAGAGGAGGAGGAUGAUGAGAGGAAGAGUGACUCCGACUCUGUCUCAUCCCCCAAAGGCCAUGAGGAGAUCGAGCGAUCCGAGGGCCACGUCCCCAAAAAGUCCAAGCUGAACGGAGACGACCACCAUCAGGAAGACAUGGAAAUGAGCGACUGAGUCGGGUGGCCACGUUUUUACACUGUUCUGUUGAGGCCACAAUAUGUCUGUGCCUGAUCACUCGGUUCAACUUGGUUUUAUAUUUGUUUGUUUUUUUUGUCAUAACUGUAGAGAUGUUGGAUUAGAAAAUGCAGUCGGAUCAUUUUUGUAAAGACAACAAACUUCAUAACAAUGUGUCGCUGUACUUUUGUAGGAUUUUAAUGUUUUGUGAGGGUUUGUUGUCUUUCUAUUCAAAAUUGUCCUGAAAGUAAAAUUCCGAGGAUUUUCAGUAAAGUACAACAUCUGUAAAUAUUACUUGUCAAGGAUCAGUCCUCUUCUUAGACUUAGCUGCUCACCACCUUGCACCGUAAGUUAUUUUCGGUUGCUGAAAGAUUUUACUUUGACUGUAAUGCAGACCUUAUUUACAACCCUUCGUAAGUGUACAUUGUCGAAUAAACUGUGUUGUUCCAAUACAACUAGA